AUGUUAAACGGUCACUCUGCUUUUGAUUUAUUCCUAGCACAAUCCAACAUAAAAAUCAGUGGGACUGGGAAAAGUGUAAAUGGUAGGACGUCGUUGAACAUAAAUGUGGAGAUAGUUGGAGGAACGGGACCCACACAGGGCCCCAUGACGGCUCCAACAAGUGGCACAGGCAGACCAAAAGCGGGAGGUACCUAACGUCGUUAAUUUGAGCCAUUCAAAUAACAGCAAAUCAUGUAAACCUUAAUAAUGCCACUAAGUGAGUCAUGCUUCUAGGUAAAAACAACAACAACGACAAGCUAUAUUUGCAUGACUACAAUAGCCUGUGUGAAGCUGCCCUCUCCUAUUUAAAAUAAACAGGGAAAAAUUCAAGUACAAAUGUUUGAUAACUUUCUGGAAGGUUCUGACUUGUAACAACUUGUGUAUAAAAGUCCAUCGUACCAGACAGAAUCAGAAUCCAAAGUCCACAAAACAUGUGUAUACACUCCGUUUGAUAACAACUGACAUAUCAUCUAUUAAUAAAUGUUAAUGUUCGAUUAUCUUCUAAAAAUAAACAAUUUAAGAUUAAUGAAGUAUGUUAAGCGACUAAAAAGUGUUCCAGGAGUCUUUGAUUGAGAAUUGAACAAACAACAUUAACAUUUCAGUUAUUUCUUCAGUCAUUUUUCUCUUGCGUGAAUUCUUGUUGGUACUCCUUCUUCCCCCCGUCCGUACGUUAUUUGUAUUUUAGAAUUAUUAUUAUUAUUAUUAUUAUUAUUAUUAUUAUUAUUAUUAUUAUUAUUAUUAUUAUUAUUAUUAUUAUUAUUAUUAUUAUCAUCUCUUUUAUGACAGUCUUUGCUUGUGUUCUUUUUGUGCGUCAGCCGGGCGCAAACCAUGCACCUAGAGCGUCAGUCACUCAAGUCAAUCAUUCAGUUCAUACACUGAGCACCUUUCUGAGGAUUCGCGCAGAUCCCAGCAUGCAGAUCGUUUGAGUCUCUGUCAUAGUAGCUCUCUCUGAUACUUUCUUUAUGUUUUCUACCAUACCCUUCUUCACUGUUCCAAGCGUACCAGCAACCACAGGGAUCACUACGGUUUCAUAUGCCACAUUCUCUGUAUUUCUAGUUCUAGGUCUUUGUACUUGCUCUUUUUUUUUAGUUUCCUUCAGUGCGAUGUUUCUAUCUGAUAAAACAGUCAUAUCAAUCAGUUUGCAGGUGGAAUUCACUGAAUCUUUAACGAUGAUGUCUGGUCUCUUCGCUGUUAUAGUUCUAUCAGUAUUGACUGGCAUGUCCCACAUGAUGGUGAUGUUGUUGUCUUUAUUGUGCAUCACGGUCUCUGGCUCGUGUUCGUACCAUUUGUCUGUAAUCUCUAUAUCAUGAUGAUGAUGAUGAUGAUUAUUAUUAUUAUUUUUAUUAUUAUUAUUAUUAUUAUUAUUAUUAUUAUUAUUAUUAUUAUUUAUUAUCAUUACUAUUAUUAUUAUUAUUAUCAUUAUUAUUUUUAUAUGUCACAGUGGAUAAAAUGUAGCAAUUCAACUAAUUCAAUGCUGGUCUAAAGAACGACCCCCAAAAUUGUGUGCUUUUUAUUUUUUUAUAAUUUUUUUACUUUUUCUUUUCUUUUUGCUGUUUUUUCUUUUAAGGGUUCACUGAAGAAGAAAGAGCUGGUUUGGCAAAACAUAAUGAGUAUCGCCAAAUACACGAAGCACCACCAAUGACACUCAAUAGAGAGAUGUGUGACCAGGCUAAGGCCUACGCUGAGAGACUUGCUGCAAUGGAGACACUGCAGCAUUCAGAUUCGAGCGAGAGGAGAGGACAAGGAGAAAACCUUUCCAUGGGAUGCUCCACCAGUGGUCCACAGUCCAUGGAAGAGGCUGUUACAAACUGGUGAGAGUUAAGCCCAAAUAUUGAUCAGCAUCGAAAAUCUUCUUGUGAUAUCAAUGCUUUAUAAAACUGAUCGGUGACGAGAAUGAAGGGGAAAUGAUCACACAAGAUGAAGCUGGUUGAUUCUUCCACAACUUCUCCCAAACCUUUUAUAGCAAAUAUAUAGGGAGAACAAAUGAAAAUUCAAAUUUGGAUUGAAGGGCUUUUUUAUUAAACGGUUAAUCAAUUUAAAAGGAUGCAAAUGCCUCGAUGAAUUCGACUUCGCUGCAUCCAAGUCCCAUUAGCUCCCUUGUCCUUCUUCCUCAUCUUCCCUUUUUCCAUCUGUCUAUUUUACUGAGGAUCUCAAUGGGCUUAACCGUCAGCUUUCAAGCAUCCUAAAAUUUAACCGUCAACCGUAGAAAAAGCUAUUUUUUUACUGUCAACCGUAAAUACGUUUCAAGGUAUUCCAAAUCUCCCUAUUUCAGCAGAUCUUCACUGAAUUCUGGCUCCUGAAGAAUCUGCUUUAAACUUGAAAAACAAAUUCCUAUAUUCUCAAACAUUUUUAAAAACAGAUCUUAAAACUUGUGAUUAUAUUUUGAAAUUUUAUAAGUGAAAGCCCAUAAAUGUCUCAAAAUUGGAAAAAAUAACCGUCAAAGUUACUGCCUCUAUGAGACUCUCUUUUCUGGCCUGCGUGGUAAUUUCCGAUAACCGGGUUCAAGCUCUUGAGCACUGACUGGUAGAUCAGCCAGGGCAAUAUGUCUGGACAUUGGAAAGUUCCAAGAAGUGACGAGCUUUUUCUCCUUGAGAAAAUAUAAAAAUUUAGGAAAUUCGGUUAGGCAUAAAUUCCCUUAAUUUUUCUGACUGGAAUUACAUCACAAACUUACUUGUCGAUGAGCCAGUCUGCAGUGUGAACCCUCAGUACGUAUCCUUUCUUGGUGUGAACUAAGCACAGCCCUGCACCUUGUCGUCUCUGUCACAUUUUGAUUUCUCUUUCCUUUAAUUUUUUGAUUUGUUUUAGGUACAACGAGGUCUGUGAUCCUGGCUAUAAUUUCGCUAGCGGUGGAUUUUCAGGAGGUACGGGUCACUUCACCCAAGUUGUUUGGAAAGAGAGCACUGAGCUUGGCAUUGGGAGAGCUCAAUCUCAACAAAACGGAAUGGAAUGUGCCUAUAUUGUAGGCAGGUACAAACCAGCUGGAAACAUGAUGGGUGACUUUCCACAAAACGUAAAAAAGGGAAGUUUCCACAGAAGUCAGUGUCGUUCUAAUUCAGGCUGGCCAUGGAAAAAAUUCGUCGAUCAAAAUAAGAAAGGACCUUUUAACAAAAAUCGUGUUACUAAGGUCGAUGUUCCAGAAUUACAUUUUAAUGUGCAGUCAGCCCACAAGAUUCAACUACUGAAGAAGAAAACGUUUUAG